AGUUAAUCAGAAUGAUUGAAAAAAAAACGAUAUAUCGAAUAAAAUUGAAUGUGUAUCGAACGUGUAUCGAACGUGUAUCGAAUGAAAAGAAAAACGGUUUAUCGUUAUAGCGUGUAAAUUGUGAAUAUAAAAUUUAAAGCUAUAGUAGAAGAAACGAACAGAUGUUCAUGUUAGUAGUUGACCGGUAUAUUUAGACAAAGUUGGGUCUUUGUUCCGAAUGCAUCGAAUUGUUUUAAAAGAAAAUCAUCUGAAAGCGACAAGAAGAAUAAGUUAUAAUUAUGGAGGAAUUUAUGAAGAUGUCAUGUGAUAAUGAAAAUGUUUAUUCGAUCGGUAAACGUUUGAAUUCCGCAACGAGUAAACGAUCACAUCCGGUAAAGACGCAAGAAAAGACGUCUGCGAAAGUAACUAGGAGAAAUAAAAGUGUAUACCCUCCGAAGGAAAAAUGUACAAAUAAUUCCAAGGUAAAAGAAUUACACGAGAUAAAUGUAUCUUCUGAAAACGAAGCUACAAAAGAGAUACAAGUGAAAUGCAAAGAUCCGAUAGAUCGAUUCGUCGAUAAUGAAAAUGACGAGGAUCCUCUUACUGUGUUACGCAAGGAAAUCCAAGAAUGGAGAAUAAACGAGAUAUUAACGUGUAGAACUGAAGAAAGGUAUACUAGAACUCCAAGCGAACAGCGUAGCUGUAACUAUGUUGCUUCCGGAGAAACCACGAAGAGGCAACGAAGUCCUAACAGUGCUUCUAAGUCCCAUAGAACAUACGUCGAUUACCCAGCGGCAACGAAGAAGCCUAAUGUAUUAGAGUACUUGGAUCUAUACGAGAAUCCAUUGCUGACAUCUUAUUCAAGAAUGCAUUCGCAAUCAACCAGUGAUUAUAAUUGCAAUUAUAAUUCUGAUUGUUAUUGUAAAAUUCGUAUUCCAAUCGCACGACAAAGAAUGGAAACUCGUUCGUCUGAAAAUAGACGCGCCGCACCUUCGUGUAAAAAUUUUAAUAGUAAAACGGAAAUAAUCAGAAGCGCGAACAAAGUUCCAACGAUCCCAGCGAAGCCGAUCGAGGACGACGACGAUGACGACGACGACAACGAUGACGACGUCGAUGGUAACGAAGAAGAAGAGCUGGAUAGUAAACGAUCUAGCAUAACAUUGCCGAUUUCCCCGGUAUUAAGUCCGGAAACGAGCACAGCUCUUCAACAAAUGGAAAGAUUGAUCAAAGAUGCAAGGAUUCAGAUUAAAGAAAUAAGCACGAUCGGCGAUAAUAUUGGUCGCGUUCGAAAUUGUAUUAACGCAUGGCCGGAUGAAACACCUUUAGACGAUGAAAACGAUCAAUUGCUGUACAUCCGUGAACGCGUGGCAUAUAAAUUUCAAGAAGCAAACGGCUGGAUCGAUAGAAAAUUGAAAAGCGAAGAAUUUGUUGAGAAGAAAAUGAAAGGAAAAGGUAUCGAUUUCUCUAACCCGAAAUAUCAGAGUUCCGAGGAAAGAUAUCGAGAAUUUAUGCAGCAAAGAAAAUUACAAGCUGAGAAGGUCGGAUUUUCAGUAGCAGUCGUGAACAACGAACAAACGAAAAAUUGCAAUGAAACUGCUGAACCUGUUAAUUUUAAUCUUAAUCUCGAUCUUGAUCGGCGUGAAUUAAUGAAAAAUACGAAAAUCGACACGUGUUCCGUUCAAAUUGGACCGUCGAUAAACAUCAAAGCGGAUUUAAUAGCUCGAAAUUUACUCAGUAUUCACAUAUCACCGGACGCUUCGUUUGCCCAAGAAACCGCGAACGUUCGAACCUACGAAAUUAAUCAUGAUUUUUCCCCCAAACAGCCAUCUUCCGUUCGUAAAGAGAAGCUCGUUAAGAUACCAAACGAGAAUCAAACGAAUUACGAGACCAAAGCGAAGGAGUUCAAUGAAAUUGAAAAUAAAAACUCUUCCGCUUCCACUUGUGUUUCGAAAAAAGUAAAUAUCCAAGGAUCCAGUUCGAUGGUAGAAAGCGAGAAAAAUUUAGAGAAUAACAGUGUUAACGCCGAAAACGAAAAAUCACUAUUUAUCCAGGAUACAUUUUUAGAUACGAAUAAUUUAUCAAACAACCCUCCCUCUCUCGGUCGACCCGAUCAACCCCCCGUAGAAAAUUCUAUCGAAAAUCAGGAAAAAGAAAAAUCAAUUAAAGUGGAAUUCAAAUCGUUCGAUUAUUCUUCAGUUUCGAUAAAGGAAACGAAUGACCAGUGUACAGUGCGUUGCGUUAACUCUGUCGCGGCGGGUGACUCUAACCCAUGUUCACGUCGGAGAGCCGAUUGGCUAGGGAUACGCGAAGGAGGGACCGCAGCCAAUCAGCUGCCGGCGCGUGCAUGUGUUAGUGUCACGCGCCGCGACAGAAUCAACGCAACUCACUGUACUCCAUUAUCCGUGAACGAGAUCGAAACGAGACGUUUGACGAAUAAAAGAAGACACGAGGAAAUUUGUGGAAAACAGAAAUCUAAAAAGGACGAACGUUACAAACGCAUCGAUCAACAUUUCUCCGACCUUCUGAGCAAAUACUGCGCUGAACAAAGAAAAAACAAUCAUUUUACCAGACAAGAUUCUUCCGAACAUUCGGAUCUAAUUGUCUCUCCUUUCUACGAACCAUCUAUAGAUCAAUUUGAUAAUCUUUUAACCGCCUAUGAUCAAAUAAUCGACAAUGUUGUUCUAUCCACGAAAACGAUCGACAAAUUUCUCUCUCGAGCUGAAUUGAAAAACGAAUUUCCGAACAGUAAAAGUAAAACUGGUACAUCGAAAACUAACCUCCUUCGUCAGUCGCGAAAAAAGGAACAACCGAUCGUUUCUAAAUACCGAUCAAGAAAAUCCUCCGUCAAGAAAAAUAUUAAUAAAGAUGUAAGGAUAGGAUAUAAUAAUUCGAGAAAAUCGUUUAUCCUUUCUCCAACAGAAACAUUGAACGAGUCUGGUCGAAACGAAGAAAGCACAGAGUCGAGCAAAGAUGGCGGGAAAAUAAUGAGAGUUAACGAUCUGGAAGAAGGUUGUUCUUUUAAAAAAUUUCCAACCGAAAUAUUACCUUCGUUUCAAGUUGAAAAUAACGAUGGUUCAAGUUUCGAUACUUGUUCUUCUUCGAGCAGAAAUUUGGGAAAUCUUGUUAACAAGGAAACGAUAUUUCAAGCAUCGAAACAGGUUGAAAAUUUUCGAACCGAAGAAAUCGAAGAAGUGAAAGAAAUAGUAGGGAAGAAUCGUUCUGAUUGCGCUACGUUGUAUAAUGUUACAUGUUCGAAUAGUUUAAAAGAAAUUCUACCGGACACCGAGAACAUGGAACGCUCGAUCGUCCGAGUUGUUCGAGAAGAGACUCGGUUUAUCGAAGAAAAAGUUAAAAACGUUUUCAACCUCGACGAAAUAGUACCACUGUUAGCGAAAGGUUUAUUAGAGAAUUUACGAAAUAACAUUUCGAAUUUUCAACCGAUCAUUGUUCCAAAUCCCUUACCGAACGAUGCAGCUUUUAUGAAUGUUCCAAUUUUCGAAAAGGAAGAAAAUCUCCGUCUAACGGAAAACGUAACGAUGCCAAUCGUCGUCGAACAAACGAAUGAAAUUCAUUCAAAGUCCUUAGAAAAAGAGACUUCUGGCAUAGAAAAACAUUGCGAAAUUCUAUCGAACGAUACGAAAGAAAUUGAAAAGACUGAUGCACCGAUGGAAAAUCUUUUUGAUGAAGAAAAUUUAUGCGAAGCUCUUUCGAAAGAUUCCACCAGAAAUACGAAUGAAAACGCAUCGUUUUUAGGUGAUACAAUUCCCGAAUUACCGCAACAACAUUCUGUAAAUCCCAAUUCGGUUGAAAAUCUAAGAAAAGAGCAGAUUUCGUCGUCUGAUUCUUUACACGAUUGCGCGUCUCUUCAAAGUUCGAAAAACCUUUUGGGAACGUCUUCGGACGUCGUACAAUCGUCAGGAAAAAUUGUAAAUGAAAUGAAACAAAUUUCAGAAAUAAAUAACGAGGUUGCUAAUGAAGAAAUAAACAGGAAUAAUUCGUCUUUUCUUUGCGGGGCGUUUGAAAAAGAUAAAAUUUUAUCUGAACUCUACCAAGAUACGGAUCAAAGAUUUAUCUCUUCCACGUUUAACACAAAUUAUUCGAAUCUGCUAAAUCAAAAUUUUAGAUUGUCCAGUAGUGAAUCUGCAAUUGAAUCUAAAGUUGAAACAUCGUCGACUGGUUCUCAUUCCGAAGGAGAGAUACAUAUGCCAAGUUCCGCUUCCUAUUCCAUUGGAGAAGUCAGGAUGUUGACGAAAAAUCGAUCAGACGAAGAAAAUUCUACCGACGAUGAUAUCACGAUUUUUCUUACGGAACAAAUGCUCUCUUCGUGGAAUGAAUCUUCGAAGGCAUUGGUACAAAGCAUGGGAGAAAUAUAAAGUUGCUGAUUUGAUUGAAAACGCGUAACAAGUAAUCGAUGUGAAUUCUAUGGCAAAUGGAGAUUAUUCAAAUAAUGUAUUGUAAACGUUUUAAUGGAUAAACAUUAUUUUUAUUGUAAAAAAACAAUAAACGGAAAAAAGAUGUGCGACAAGUA